AUGUGGUCUUUUGGGUCUUCCAAGCAUCGACAGAUAUGUCAACGGAAGCAAGAUGAACGUGCUUCUCGCAUAGCGAAUCUACCAAGUGUAUAUAAAUCAGCCAUCUCAUCCUCGGAACGCUCAAUUCUGAAUGCACCCAUCGAGGAAUUGGUCGAGGAUGUGCAGAACUCGGUCAAAUCGCCCAUCGACAUUCUCCGUGCUUAUGGCAAAGCUGCUGUCAGAGCACAACAUGCCACGAAUUGUGUUACUGAAAUCAUGUUUCCGGAAGCCGAAGACUGGAUCAACGAUGGCAAUGUGAAUCUCGAGGGUCCACUGGCUGGUAUACCGGUCUCACUCAAGGAUUCUAUCAUCGUCAAUGGCUUUGACGCUUCUGUGGGGUACUCGGGCAAGUGUUUCAAGCCUCAUGCCAAGGAUGGUGCUAUUGUGCGUUUACUCAAGGAUGCUGGAGCCGUGCCUCAUGUCAAAACCGCUCUACCAAUUACUCUGUUGAGUUUUGAGAGCACGAACGAUGUCUGGGGUCGCUGCACGAAUCCUCACAACAAAGAUUACAGUCCUGGUGGCAGUACUGGAGGUGAAGGUGCCAUACUUGCGUUCGGCGGCUCGAGGAUCGGUAUUGGAUCUGAUGUUGCUGGAUCUGUGCGUGCGCCUGCCCAUUUUUCUGGCUGCUUUUCUCUCAGAUGCUCGACUGGACGUUGGCCCAAGUACGGUGUGGACACUUCGAUGCCUGGUCAAGAAGGGAUUCCCUCUGUAUUCUCACCUAUGGCACGCACACUGGGCGAUCUGGUUUACUUCACGAAGAGCCUGAUCCAAUGUAAGCCUUGGAAAUAUGAUCAGAGUGUGCAUCGACUUGCUUGGAGACAGGAUGCCUAUGAGAAAUUCAAGGAGAAGAAAAGAUUCAGAAUUGGUGUCAUGAGAACUGAUGGUGUUGUCAAGCCCUCCCCUGCUUGUGCCCGAGCUCUACAGACCACCGUCGAUGCGCUCAAACAGCAAGAUCACGAUGUAUUCGACCUCACUCUCCCCACUGCACCAUACGCACCUCUCGAUGCUCUAGCCAUCGCAUCGCAGCUCCUCAACGCAGAAGGCACACGAACCUACUCCCGCUUCUUCUCCCGAGGCGAGACCAACGAUGCCGGAGCCGCUCAACUGUCAUUCUGGAUGGGUCUACCUUCUCCCCUGCGCUGGCUAUACGUCAAAUAUGUCCGUUACAUCCGCCGCGAUACAGUCUGGGCUCGUCUGCUUGAAUCUCUACACGAAAAAUCCGCAUACGGGAACUGGCAAUUGGUCUAUCAACGCGAGUCCUUCAAGAACUUCUGGUUCGACUGGUGGAAUGAGCAAGAGGGCAUGGAUUUUAUGCUUACUCCUCCUAACGCUACACCAGCUGUUCCGCAUGGAGGUAUGAAAGAUGCAGUUGCUUCUUGCGGAUACACGUUCUUGUUCAAUCUGCUGGACUACACUUGUGGUGUUUUGCCCGUUACCAAGGUGAAUGCUCGCGAGGAUUUACUUCCCGAGGAUUUCGUAGUGGACGAUAAUGGAGUAGCGAGGGGAGCUUACAAGCAUUAUAAUGCGAUCAAAUUGCAUGGCUUGCCUGUUGCAGUACAGAUUGUGGGAAGAAGAUUGGAAGAGGAAAAGGUUCUUGCUAUCAUGGAGAGAGUGGAGUCGGCACUCGAGGAAAGUGGGAGUGUGUAUGAAUUGCUGCAGGUGCCUGAUACGCCGUGA